AUAUGCUCUGCAGUGCUCUCAGUUUCACAGCAGCAGCAGCAGAAACAGCAGCAACAAAGAGGACGACACACUCUGCAGUCAAGAUGAGUGCUGAGAAUGUGGUCUGCACUGGCUGGCUCGUUAAAUCCCCCCCGGAGAAGAAAUUGAAGAGAUUUGCAUGGAGAAAGCGUUGGUUUGUCCUGCGAAGAGGCCGCAUGAGUGGCAACCCUGAUGUGUUGGAGUACUAUCAGAGUAAGAGUUCCAAAAAGCCAAUCCGCACCAUUGACCUGAAAGAGUGUGAGGUGGAAAUACUCAACGGUCAGCUUGGGAUCAAGCGAGACUUUGGAGAGAAGCAUCUCUUUGUGGUGAAGACCUCUGCUCGCAUUUUCUACUUGGUAGCCAAGACUCAGGAGGAGAUGAACAUCUGGAUCAGCAGUAUCAGUCACAUUUGCCAUUUUGGCAGCCAAGAGGAAGCAGGGAGUUCAGAAGAAGGGUUCCCUCGCACCCCAACAUGGCUUCAGCCGUCAAGUGACAGCUCUGACAGAGCGUCUCUGUCAAGUCAACAGGAUUGUAGUCAUCCACCAGACUAUCUUGUUCUUUCACAAUGUGGGACAGGGAGUGGAAGCACUUGUAGACAGGACAGCUUUUCAAAUUCAGUGAUGUCUUUGGAACAGAAGUCAUUGGAGGAUCAUUUCAAGGACAUUGUACCAUCACCUCCUGGCAGUGAUUCCUCCUCUCAGUUUCACCUCAGUCCACCUCCUUCCACACAUGGGAGGUGGGGCAACCUUCCUCUCAGUGCCCCAUGCACAGACGUGGCACUGCCUUCCUCCUCCUCCCCGCUACAUCUCUGCACCAUAAGUGUCUUCCAGUUCGACAAACCCUACUCCUGUGCUUCAUUAGAGGCCGCAAAUGACCAAAAAACACCUCCUCCACUGCCACCUAAGCCUAACCAUCUAUCCGACGAAAGCAUUCGUAGGCCUAGGGCAAUGAGUGCACAGCAUUUCCCAAAACAUGAAGCACUACUUCUCCGGAGGACAUCUUUGUCGAGCUUGGACCAUUUCAAAAUAGGAGACGCUGACAACAGAUCAACAGGGAACAGAAGGCAGACCCAUUAUUUGCAGUCCUUCUUAAAUACUACACAGGUUCAAAGUCAGCAAGACGAGUCCCCAUCUUCCUCUGUUACCAUUGUUGAAUGUGAUGGUUACAUCCCGAUGAGCCCUGUCAGCCUCCUUGAUACAAACGGCAACAUUAUGACCACCAAGACUCCCAGCCCUCUUGUGUGCCAAAUGACAGAGCUUGCACCUCCUCCGAUACACCGCCAUCUCAAACCUUGGUUGAGGAGAGCUCGGCCCCCACCUCUUGACUUGAGAGGCCUCUCAACAAUCACUGAAUGUCCAACUAAUCAUCCUUGGGGCAUAACAAAGACUGGAUCCUGUUUCAGCUUCUCAGGAAAGUGUUCACCUCAAGAAAGAAGUUUUGACAAUGGGGACAAUCCAAGAGACGAAGACGCAAACUGUACCAUAUUGGAGUCGAGGCAACAAUGCUCUCUCAACUUUGAUGUGCCUAUUCAACCUUGGCCAAGAAGACCGAACCUUGCCUACUUGUCGUUGGAUUUUAACUCGGCAUCUCCUUCUCCUGUACAGAAGAAGCCUCUCCUCUCUGACGAGCACAGGGUGGAUUAUGUGCAGGUGGAUGAGAAAAAGACCCAGGCACUGCAAAACACCAAGAUGGAGUGGACAGAUGUGCGACAAUCCAAAACAUGAGCUGAAAAGCCAGGAUAAAAACAUAGAAUGCUGACAAAACAAUUUAAAAACAUUAAAAACAGCAUUGUGUUAUUGUGAACUUGCACUGGAAAAAAAUAACCGUAAAUCUGUUGUAUAAGUUCUCAUCGAUCUGUAGCAUAAUGUUAUACAGUGA